AUGAGCGGUCCGCUGUGCCACUGUGAUCCACCAAAGGCGACAGAAAAGAGGGUAGCUGGGAGCGCGUCGAAGCACCACGGCCGUGAAUACUGGAGUUGUUCAACGUGCGACUUCUUCCGCUGGGUGGACCAGCCUGGCACCACCUUAUGUGCCGCAGGGCCGCCCUGCCGAUGUGGGCAAGCCAGCACUCUGAAGGUGGCCCGGACAGCUUCCAACAACGGGCGGUCCUUCUGGAUCUGUGCAAGAACUGGGCCGGCUGCCUGCAGAUUCUUCGAGUGGGAGUCUGCGGACUUUCCCAGUUCCACUCCAACAGCUUCGGACAGAAGCUGCAAGAAGUGCAAGAAAGCAGUGGAGAUCAGGAUUGCCGGGAAGCACAACCCGAAGGGCAACGCAGGUCGAAAAUACUACAAAUGCCAAGCUUGUAACACCUUCGAGUUCGUCACCGCGGCCAAACCAGAAGCGCCCGAUGCCUCCCACGCAGGGAGUGCUGAGUAUGUGGUGGAUGAGAUCACUCGCAGGCACUUGCAGAGGCUUUUCGACGUUCCCUUCGGCACCGAGCUUGGUAUUGGCCGUGAUCAGCAAGAGGAGUCGAUGAACUACGACUACCUAAGAGUCGAGUGUGCUUGGCGGGUGAAGAAUGCACAGCGGGAGCAGCGCUUCAAGGAUUUCAAGCAGAAGCUCCCGGACGUGCCCAAGGACUCGAGGAUUCAAUCCAAUCUCUUUGACGCGCAAACUCCUCUCUGCUCCCAGCUGGAUGCAUCCAAGAACGAGAUGCUCCUACUUCAUGGGACGAAACCGGAGCAUGUGCAUGACAUCCUCUUCGAAGGCUUAGACCCGCUUCUCUCCAAGGAGGGACUCUUUGGCACAGGGACGUACUUGGCGGAAGAUGCUGCGAAGGUAGAUCAAUAUCUCACGAAAGAUCCAGAGUGGAAGGGAAAUGAGCUUGAGCAUGAGCUACAACCCCUGCAUAAGAAGCUUUAUGAGAGAGGUGUUAAACAUGCUACGAACAUCUAUUAUGCCUUGGUAUGUCGAGUUGCUCUUGGAGAGGUUGCUGUGACCAAGGACGGGGAGACGUGUGCUAAAACCGGUAAGGCGAUCUUUCAGGCACAGCGCCGCGAUGCGCUGAAGAAAAGGAGAGGUCGAAGUCUUGUGGCAGAGCUCGGGGGCAAGAUCGAACGCUAUCGUGAGUUCGUGAUUUUUGACCCGGCGGCGUUGAGCGUCGAGUUCUUGGUGGCCUUGAAGCGUGUGCGUCACUACUGUGAUUGCGGGCAAACUGCAGUGCAGAGAACAGUGACCAAUGGCCAGCCCGAAAACUUUGGGAGGGAUAUCCUGCUCUGUGCUCGACGUCCUAGUGAAGGUGGAUGUGGAUUCGUUCGCAUGCUGCCCCAGUGCUACUGUGAGCGGGCUGCCGGCGUCGGCUUCAAGAAGAACGGAGAGAAAUACUUCCGCUGUGGAUCCAAGCGGGACUUCUGCGAUUUCAAGGACUGGAACUUCCCAGCAGGAAAACGGCAACGUGGAAGCUGA